AUGAGAUCGAUAAUAUUCCCACUCCCGUGGGAACUUUCGUUACAAAUCCUCUCACACCUUUCCUUGGAAGAUUUGAAGAGUUUAUCAGUAUGUUCGAAGGAAGUUAGGAGGUUUACCAGUGUGGUGCUGUUUAGCGGGGUGAAGUUGUGUCCUGGAUCUGUUUGUUAUUUUGAGAGCGGGGGAGGGUUGGAGGGGGUUAUUGAGGGGGUUCGAUCGGUUCGUAUCGCGUACCCGCAACCGACUCUUCCCAGCGAAUACAUAAGUCUAUUCCGCACCGUCGCUUCUCUUCUAUCAAAGUUUUCGGGACUUAAGACUCUUCGGAUAGAGUUAUUCACCGGUCUUAAAGAAAACCGUAGGAUUUUGAAUGCGGUGUUUAAAGUCCUGGCUGGUUAUUCAUGGUACGAUGGGUUGAGGAAGUUGGUGAUCCUGUGGAUGGAUCAUAUGUCCUCUGAUAAUGGGUUUACACCCCAGGAUCUGGAUUUUUUGUAUAGUGGGAAGAAGGGGAGUUGGGGGUGGCCGAAAGGGUUGGAGGAGGUUUAUGUGGCGAAUCAGGUUAUGGAGGGGUGGAGGUUUAGGAAGGAUAUGGGAGCGGCGUUUUAUGGAACUUUUGGGGAGGGGAUUGUAGCGGAUUUGGGGGCGUGUAGUGGGAUGGUGAAGUUGAAGAGGGUGGAGAUAAUAGCUUUUGGGAUUAUGACGAAUAGGAAUUGGAGGGGGUUGAGGGGGAGGUAUUUGAAGGCUGGUGGUGAUGAUGAUGAUGAUGAUGAUGAUGAUAUAAACAAUGAGACUUUACUAGGGGGGAACGAUGGUGAUAUGAUGAGGGGGAUGGUGAGGUUUCCUACGGUGACGAGGUUAAAGAUCAAUGUUAUGAAGUUUGAGAAAAAGAAUCUGGCGGAGAUAGUGAUGAGGUUUCCUGGGUUGGAGGAAUUGAGUGUUUUAAUCUUGUUGGAAAGACUUGGAGAUGGUAGUGGUGCGAUGGUUGCGAAGUAUUUUAGGAAUAAGGUUGUUUGGAAGGAUACCUUGGGAUUGAAGAAGUUGAAAAGGGUGACUUUACCUUGGCCGUCGUGGGUUAGAGAAGGGGAUAGUAGUAGGACAUGUGAAGUUGAGAAGGAACAUUUGAAGGAUUCGGUUGCUUGGUGGGUUAAACAAUGGAUGAAGAUGGGGAUUGAUCCACCGGAGAAGGUGAGGUUUUUACAGUGGAAGUUUGAAGUUGGAGAGGAGUUUUUGGAUUUUAAGAUUACGAAAGAUGGGAAUAUUAAUGGGAAUGGGAAUGGGAAUUUUUAUUGGAGAGUGGAGAACGGGAAGAGGAAGCAUCCGCAGGGGUUGGAUCAGUUGGAUUCGUUAUGGUCUUUGAAGGAGGCGAUUGAUAAGGAAAGUGUGGAUGUUGAUGUUGGGAAUUGGGGGGUCGAGGAGGGGAUAAUGGGGGGGAAUCUGGGGAAUCUGGAUGAGAAUGAAGAAGAUAGUAAAGAUGAUGAUGAAGAUGGUGAUGAUGGGUACGGGAGCGAGUUCGAGGAGGGCGAGAUGCACUUUGAGCAGUGGGAUGAAUAG